AAGCCACUUGUUGGUCUGGCUUUGCUUAUUAUAUUUUCACACUUGGCGGCGUUUGGUCGUUUGUUGCGCGCGUUAGCGUUUGAGUCUGCUACGAUUUGAAAAGCGCGUUAUAAUAACUUUUGCAUUUGGUAUUUUGUGCUUAACUACUUGCGAAUAUAUCACGGCUUAAGGCGUCAGUUGCUUCCGUUCGAGCGCCGGUACAUGCAAUUUUGUAAUAGCACUCCGCUGUUGUUUCGUUUAUUCAUUAAUUAGACGUAAUAUUUUUUAAAUAAAUAUUGGUUUCUUAUAUACCACGCGUAUCGUUAAAUUAUUUGUUUUAGCAAAUAAAUUGUUAUCGAAGUGCGAUAAUAACUGUCAAACGAUAACAAUAAAUGUGUCCAUAAAUGAUUGAGAUAGAAUAGUGCAGCAAAAAUACAUAAAUACUGAUAAAAAUAUUAAGAAAAGUUAAAACAAUUUAGCAAUUUAAAUAAUUAUGCGUUGUAUUGUGAAUUCUUAAUUUUGACCGUUAAUCCAUAAAACCACAGAAGCUUAUUUAAAAGAGCAUCUGCAUUAGCCACUACUGGCAGCCAAGCGUAGAACAUCAGCGCCUGAUACGCCGUGUCGAAGUGAACGAGUUAGGCAAAAGAAAAACGGAGCUCUGAAAAACGAAGCUCUGAAAAACGAAGCUCUGAAAAUAGCGCCGUUAUUUGUUAGUAAGCGGCGUGAGCGACGUAGGAGGGCAACAUAAAUGCAGAAAAAAACUAAAAGAAUACUGCUAAUCUGAAGAAAAUUGACAUAAGCAGCAACGGCAAUAACACAUGACAACAACAAGCACACGGGAACACGCUCAACUCAGCUGUUGCAACGUACAUAGUAAUCACAAAACCAUAAACCACAACUACAGUUGCUGUUGUAGUUCUUGCUGUUAUAUUAUUUGCUUAGCGGUAUAUAAAUCGAAGUACUCAUGCUCUUGCAACGUCUGCGCAUGUCACUCAGCGUGCUGCAGCUGCCACUGGCAUUGUCACUGCUGUUAAUGUGUCACGGUGUCUGGGCAAACAGAACGGCAAACGCGUCGGCUGCUUUAAAAGCUGUCGCGCCCCCAACAGCCGCACCGUCGUUGGUUGCACCUUUGGUUUCGUCAUCGGAAGCCACGCUUCUAACCACGCGGCGUCUAUUUCCGACAACCACAACAGCGGCGUCCUCGGCAGCGUAUGCUAGACAGGCGCGCGCACGUCAUCGCUACGAUGAUGAAGUAGCGGAUGUGGAGUCUGUACAGCCACAUGCGACGGCUACCACCGUCAAAGCGUCCACUGCCACUAAAAUUGGACGCAAUGUUGGUAAUCUGCCAAAGAAGCGCUAUAAAGUGCUGGCCGUGCAUACGAAUUGUACGCGAGACCUCUUCACGAUGCGCAUCGAUUUGAAUCGCGACUUCCGCGGCCUUGUCUAUGCCAAGGACUUUCCGUUAGAAUGUAGCGCGCGCGGCAAUGCACAUCAAAAUGUCACUUUGCGGCUACCCACAUCCGGUUGCGGUGUGCGCGCUGAGCCGCGCGCAGACGGCGUUAUGGAGUUGUCUGUGCGUGUGAUGCUGCAGAUGGAGCAAAAGCUGCGCCAGAGCUCCGAUAUAUUGCGUACAGUGCGUUGUAAGCUGCCGCCGACUGCGAUGGGCAUGAUGGUGGGGCCGAUUGCGGGCAUGGCGAGUAAAAGGGCUAGGAUAAAAGCGGGACAACAGUGGAAAGUGGCAUCGAAUUACAGAAACGGACGCAUGCGCACACUAAACGCGGCGCAAAAGCAUAAUAACCAUGCAACAGCUGCCGCCGCCGCACAAGGUAAUGAAGAUUUCACCGACGCGCCGCAAGCGGAAGCGUCUAAUAUUGAAGCGCAAACAUUGAAAGAACAACAGGGCGAUAAUGCAGAAAAAGAACAGGAAAUCGCCGCGACCGCCAAAACUGCUGACCCAACAGCAAAGCUCGACGAUGUCAGCGGGGGCGCUGGUGAUGGUGGUGCUUCAACUAGCGCGGCCAAUAGCAACGCCACACCGCGUGUGCGCAUUUGGCUUGAAUUGGGCGGCCUUGACGGCACCGGCGCGGUGGAAGUGGGCCAAGCCACUACGUUAACUGUGCGCGCCAUAGUGCCCGGCAACAUGGGUGUGCGCGUGGUGGAUUGCGCAGCGCUCGACGGGCUAGGCGAAUCGAAGCAGCAGCUGUUGGACGAUCGUGGCUGCACAAUAGAUGAGCAGGUCAUGCCGCCGCUGAAUAAGCACUUCAAACCGUUGGACGAGGGUUGGUCGAAGCAACAGCCGGACGAUUUAAUGGAGAAAACAUUCACGGCCACAUUUCCAGCCUUCAAAUUUCCCGAUCGCGAGCGCUUGCAUGUGAGUUGUGGCGUGCAGCUUUGCAAGGGCAAGUGUCCGAAUGUGAAUUGUCGCAGCUCGGAACCGUUACAGCUGAGCGCUGACAAGCACUUAGCACGCAUUGAAGUCUUCAAUUCGCUGGCGGUGACGGCACCGCAAAUUGAGGUGGACCGAUUACGCUACGAUCGACGCUACAACAUGAGCGCUGAAGAGUAUCCACCGCAUAUCCGUCACCUCCACAGCGACGGCACGCUAUGUCUCUCCGUCUCCAAACUGGCUAUCUCCUUCUGCGUGCUGGGCCUUAUCUUUCUGCUCGCAGUUAUUGUGGCAAUUUACUCGCUGAUACGCGCACGUCGCCGCACCACGGGCAGCACCUGCGCAUUGACGCCGCCCAGCAGCGGCACGGGGCAUAUGCAACGCGCGGAGCUUUGCACGUCCAUGUUCUCAUCGAGCAGCGAAUCAGCGCAAUCGGCGCGUUUUGGCAGCAAACUACUUAUGCCCUACUAUCCAAACACAUUACCCUAUGGUCGCGUUUACUAAGCCAAUGCAAGGUUCGGCCUUUUAUCUAAUAAUGCAUGUUUUAGUUGUAGUUUUUGAAAAUUACUGUUUAAGCUUCACAUUUCACUCAUCAUCUAAAGACUGAUUUUUGUAGUUUUCCUCAACAAACGCAUUGCAAAACAAAACAAAAAAUAAUAGCAAUAAUUGUGAGAAUUUAAUUUUUACAAAAAAUUAAUGCAAUAAUACUCUAAUAGCUACUACUUCAUUAAUAAGUUUACUUAUUGCGAAAGAAAUUCGAAAACGUUUUUGAAAAACCUUAGUAUUAGUGUAUGUAGAAAAUGUUUUUUGACUUUUCUUUCUAAAUAGUUGUUUAAGUCAUAUUAGUUGCUUCGCAUGGUAGCGUAGUUAUUGCUUAAAUUUAAUUUAUGUAAAUUGAGUUUAUUAAAAAAUGUAUAACCUUAAUUUUUUUUUAAUUUUGUAUCGAUCGAAUAUAAUAUUUGUUUAAAAAGUAGCAUAAGUGCACGCUUAGAUAUAAAAUUCCCACGACAGUGGGGUCUUCGUAAUCCAAACAGACCGGACCUUGAUUCGGCCAGGGACUCUCAACGCGGCAGCACUGCUCAAAGUUACUUCAGAUAUGUUUUCUGCCGUCACAACAACAACAACAAUUAAUAUUGUAUUUUAGCGAAAAAGUAACAUAUUAAUAAAUUUUUAAUUUCAGAAAUUUAUCAGCGUAACAAUUUUUAAAAUGCAUUUUUGAGAAACAUGCAAAAAAUUUAUAUUAAAAUAGUAUGUAAUAUCAAAAUUUAUAUAACAUAUCGAAUUUUUUUAUUUCAAUUAAUUAAUUUUUAUUUCAAUUAAUUAUUAAUUAUUUUAAUUUAUUGAAAGAUUUUUAUUUGCGUUAAAAAUCUUUCUAAAAAUGUAAGCACCUUUCUUAGAAAUCCUAUUUCUCCAGUGUCUGCUGACAAAGAACUUUCAAAUUUUUCUUUUUGUCAAAGCUAAAAGAAAGACGUUUACAUUUACCGUAACUUUUUUGACGAAGCACCCAAAGAACUUGCUUUCCAUAAGAAACUUUCUAAAUUAAUGGUGUGGGAUAUUAUUAAUAAAUUUUAAUUGCCUAGCUUAUACAUAUAUUAAAAUAUAUUUAAAGAUUACUUUCAACGAAAUAAAAUUUAUAUGAAAUAA